CAAAAGUGAUAGUAUAAAUAGUCCUGCAGUUCCAUAAUUUUUCUAACCAAGAAAUGUGGAGAGAAAGACAAAUGGUGAUGGUGUUUAAGAGUAUGAUUCUUUUAGUGUCAUUUCAACUGCUGCUCGUGGUGAGAGGUUCUAUGGUACAGCUGAAAAACGGUGGCUAUGAGGACAUUGUUAUUGCAAUUAACCCCCAUUUACCAGAAGAUGACAAGAUAAUUGGAAAUAUACAGGCCAUGGUUAAAGAAGCGUCUACUUACUUAUUUCAAGCCACAGAACAAAGAUUGUUUUUCAAAGUUCUAAAAAUUAUAAUUCCUCAAACAUGGCAGCAAAAACCUGACUAUUCAAGACUGAAAACAGAGUCAUAUGAUAAGGCAGAUGUCAUAGUGGCUGAUCCUUACUUGAAGUAUGGAGAUGAUCCGUACACUCUGCAGUAUGGAGGAUGUGGAGAAAUGGGACGAUACAUUCAUUUCACACCUAACUUUCUGUCAAAUGAUAGUUUGCUGGAUAUCUAUGGAUCACGCGGCAGAGUUUUUGUCCAUGAAUGGGCCCAUCUUCGAUGGGGGGUAUUUGAUGAAUAUAAUAAUGAUGCACCGUUCUAUGUAUCUAAAGACUCUGGAGAAGCAAGGGUUGAAGCAACAAGGUGUUCAGCUGGUGUUACUGGUCAAUAUAUAUACCAAAGUUGCCAUGGAAACAGAUGCACAAUUAGGCAAUGCAAAUAUGAUAAUGUGACCAAGCUGUUCGAAGGUGGAUGUAAAUUUGUGCCAGAAAACAAACAAGCUGCCUCAGCAUCUAUAAUGUACAUGCAAAGCUUACCUUCUGUGGUUAAAUUCUGUGAUAAACACAGUCAUAAUGAAAAAGCUAUGAAUAUGCAGAACAAACUGUGUAACUACAAAAGCGCAUGGGAAGUAAUUAUGAACUCUACUGACUUCAGCAAUGUCUCACCAAUAAACAGCUCUUAUCCCCCAUCUGAGCCCUCUUUUGUACUGUUACAGACCAGGGACAGAGUUGUCUGUCUAGUGCUGGAUGUUUCUGGGAGUAUGGAUGCUCAUAAUCGGAUUACACGGCUCCAUCAGGCUGCAGAGACAUUCCUGCUGCAGAUUAUUGAAAUCGGUUCCUGGGCUGGAAUUGUCACUUUCUCAUCUUCAGCAACAAUUCAAACUUACCUGCAACAAAUAGUCAGUGAGAAUGUGCGCCAGGGCCUUAUCAAAUACCUGCCUACAAGAGCUGAUGGAGGAACUAACAUCUGUGCAGGCGUACAGCAAGGAUUUCAGGUGAUUAAGGCAAAGUUCUCAAACACAGAUGGGUCUGAAAUUGUGCUGCUGACAGAUGGAGAAGACAACACUAUGAGAAACUGCCUUGAGGAAGUGAGAAGGAGUGGAUCAAUCAUUCACACCAUUGCUUUAGGGCCACAGGCAGCCCCAGAACUAGAAGAAUUUUCGAAAAUGACAGGAGGUUUGCGAUUCUAUGCCUCAGAUACACUGGAAUCCAGUAGUCUAACUGAUGCAUUCAGCGGAAUUUCAUCAGGAAGUGGAAAUAUUUCUCAACUCUCUAUCCAGCUUGAAAGCAAAGCUCUACAAGUUGCAGUUAGUCAGUGGAUGAAUGGGUCAGUGACAGUUGACAGCACUAUAGGAAAUGAUACCUUCUUCAUAGUUACAUGGAGUGGCUCUUUACCACACAUUUUCCUCAGGGACCCUAAUGGAAAAGUGUAUGGAAAUUCUGACUUUACCAUUAGUGAUACAAACCUCCAAACAGCUCGACUCACUGUAGCAGGCACCGCAGAGUGGGGAGAUUGGCAUUAUCAGAUUCAAAAUACAUAUACAGCCUCUCAAAUUAUAUCAAUGACAGUAACCUCUCGAGCAGCAUCUUUGGAUGUGCCUCCAGUGACUGUGAGAGCUCACAUGAAUAAGGAUACAAACAGUUUCCCUAGUCCUAUGGUUAUUUAUGCAGAAGUUAGCCAAGGGUUUUUGCCUGUUCUUGGUGCAACGGUGAAGGCUACUGUUGAACCGCAGACUGGAACUGCAGUAGAUCUGGAACUUUUUGACAAUGGCUCAGGUGCUGACGUUGCCAAGAAUGAUGGAAUCUAUUCAAGGUUCUUCACAUCUUUCCAUGAAAAUGGUAGGUACAACUUGAAAGUGCAGGUCCUGGGAAAAGAUAAGAGUACCCGACUUGGCAAGAGACAAAGUCAAGCCUUGUAUGUACCAGGCUACAUAAAAAAUGGUGAAAUCAAAAUGAAUGUACCAAGACCUGAAGUCAGUAACAAGGACAUUCAAGCAAAGCUAGGAAGCUUCAGAAGAACUACACCUGGAGGUUCUUUUGUUGUGGAAAAUGUUCCUUCUCAGUAUGUUGAUGUGUUCCCACCUUCUAAAAUAAUUGACUUGCACGCUCAUAUAGAAGAAGGCAGCAUUCACUUAUCAUGGACAGCUCCAGGGGGAGACCUGGAUAUGGGACAAGCUAAACAGUACUUCAUAAAAAUGAGUGAAAUUUCUCUGGACUUACGGAACGCUUUUGACAAGGCUACAUCUGUGAAUACAUCUAGUUUGAUACCUCAGCCUGCUUGCACCAAAGAAUCAUUUCAAUUUAAACCAGAAAAUUUCACAAUAGAAAAUGGUAUCAUAAUCUAUAUUGCAGUACGUGCCAUGGAUAAUGCCUUCCUGAUUUCAGAAGUGUCUAAUGUGGCUCAAGCUGCCUUUUUUUCCCCUCCAAGGGAAUCUUUACCUGAUACUUCUAAUAGUGAUAACAAUAAUAGUGGUAAUGUUCUAAUGGUGGUGCUAAUAAUGACUGGAUCUAUAUUAUUCUCUGCAUUACUGUAAGUACAACUAUCUGUUUUAUUUAAGAAAAGUAGGGGAGAGGCCCUGGCAUUAGAACAUAGUAAAACUAACAGCAAAUUGAAAACUCACUAUAAAUUUAUCCUUAUGAUCUCUUCAUGACUUUCAAAUACAGAAGACAAAUACAUUUGUAAAAUACUGAUAAUUACACUGAUAUGGAAAAAAAAUAGUCUGUGCUGCAGGAUGGGGCUGGUCAUAUUGCCAGUGCCACCAGCAGUGCAGCAGCUAGCACUGCCCUGCUACAGUCUGACUUCAUAUUAUCUAGGGUUACCAUAUGUCUGGGUUUUCCCAGACAUGUCUUCUUUAUGGGUCCUCCCAUCUCUACCCAGGUGUUUUUUUUAAAUAUCAACUGCUGUCCAGGAUUUGGGAUUUCGCUCUGCUCAGAAUCAAAGUUUUCCCCAGCACUGGGCUUCAGUAGGGCAGGGGAGGUUCCUGCUCCUCCAGCAGGGGUAGGAAGCGGCAAAGAGGCAGCAAGGAGCUGCAUGGCCAGGUCACACCAGAGCCUGUGCUCACAGGGGUGGGGCAGUCGGGACACGCUUGCAGGGCUGGGGGAGCAGGGGCCUCUGGGUUGGGAGUGAGAGGCAGUGGCAGGGCUGGCGGGAUUGUGGUUUGGGAGUGAAGGACACCAGGGAGGGUGGGGGAUUCUGGAUUGGGAGUGCAGGGAACAGGCAGUGCCAGGGGGCUGUGGGUCAGUAGUGUGGGGCAUCAGCAGGGCUGGGGGGACUGCAGGUUGGGAGUGAGGGGUACCAGCAGGGCUGUGGGGGCUGUGGUUUAGGAGUGAGGGGCAGGGGCAGGGCAUGGGCAUAUAACUGCCUUCCCCCACAAUCAUAUUACACCCCCCCACCCGCACCAUCCCUGACUGGUGGCCUAUUUUUGAAACUAUAAAUAUGGUAACCCUAUAAUAUAUUACGGAUAGGUUAAUACAAGCGUAGCUGUCUCCUUGGACAGUGUUUCUACACUGAAAUCUUGUUCAGGCAAAGGAACCAAUGUACCAAUGAUACAUACCCUAGUCAGAAUUUAGUCUCUAAAAAUUGGGUAAGUUUGGCCUGACAGGCUGGCCAUAUGUUAGGGAUUUUGAGACGUUAUCACUUCAUAAAUUUGGGGUACCAGAAUAACUUUCUUUCUGUUUCACACUCUGUUAUAUAUUUUCUUUCAGACUGAACAAAUGUUAUCAUUUGGGACCUUUCCAUGGUUCUAUUUUGUCUUCUGCAAUUUUUCCUGGUUCUUAACCAUUUUAUUAUUUGUAAUAUUUUUUCAGGUUUACAAGCAUUUUGGUUAUUUGUAACCUUUCAGGUUUUAAUUAUAUUAUUAUUAGUAAUGAAGUCUAUUUUCAGAUUUAAGAACACUUAAUUGGUUGUAAUAGCAAUAAAGAGAAUUCUGUUAUAAAUAGCUGGUGUUACACUAGUUCUGUAUUUAGUUACUGUAUUUUCAGGCUGAGAUUUUUAAAAAAUUUUCUUAUAACCAUUGUUUUUGCAAUAUUUCAUUUUGUUGGAACACAGGUCUGGAACCUACCUGGUAAUCCUCAGACUAUAUCUGAAGCUUAACAGAGCUGUGCUUGGAAUGAAAAUAUUGAGGAUGUCUACACUAGAUUUUAAAAAUAUAUUAAUUUGUAAAAAGUCUAGUGAAGGAAAGCUCAGUCAGAAAAAGGUUUUUGGAUUAAACAAACUAUGGAACUGA